AUGGCACACUUGGGCUAUUUGGAAAUCAUCCUAGCAGCCGUAUGCUUUCUGGUUCUAUGGACUUCAAAGCCAGCUUAUAAGGGGCUCCCGUGGAGCUGGCCGGUAGUCCGAAUGCUGCCGGGUCUCCUGAGUAGGGUUGGCCGGAUUCACGAAACUUGUACGGAGGUUCUCGGCCUAACUGAUGGUACUUUUCUAUUCAAAGGUGUUUGGUUUGCUAAUAUGGACAUGUUGGCCACGGUUGAUCCUGCCAAUGUGCACCAUAUACUGAGUGCAAACUUUUCAAAUUUUCCUAAAGGCCCCAAAUUCAGGAACAUCUUUGAUGUUCUUGGAGAUGGAAUUUUCAAUUCUGACUUGGAUUCAUGGAAAAACCAGAGGAAAAUCGCCAGAGCUUUGAUCAAUCAUCAACAAUUUCAUCGGUUCUUGGUGAAAACUAGCCGGGACAAGGUGGAGAAAGGGCUGAUCCCUAUUCUAGACCAUUUCUCCAAACAAGAACAAGUGAUGGACAUUCAAGAUUUAUUCCAGAGACUUACAUUUGAUAGUAGUUGUAUAUUAUUUACAGGCUACGACCCGGGUUGUCUCUCUCUCGAUUUCCCUGAUGUUCCAUUUAUGAAGGCCGUUGAUGCUGCUGAAGAAGCCAUAUUCAUGCGCCAUGUAGUGCCUGAGAGCCUUUGGAAGUUACAAAGGUGGCUGAAUAUUGGAGAGGAGAAAAAAAUGCACAAAGCUUGGGUCACCCUAGACCAUGUUAUAUCUAAAUACAUAUCAAUGAAACGAGCUGAGCUGAGCCUGAACAAAACGAAAGAAGAUCAGGAAGAGGGUUUUGAUUUGUUAACGUCGUACAUCAAUGAAGAAUAUGAGAUAAAAAAGAAUAGUCUAGUGCACGAUCAGAGUCAGACUCCUUUUAAUAUGGGUUUUAGGGAGAGAACGGAGUUAAAACCCCAGGAUAAACUCUUAAGGGAUAAUAUACUGAAUCUGAUGAUUGCAGGGAGAGACACUACAAGUUCAGGUCUGACUUGGUUUCUAUGGCUUGUUUCUACUCAUCCACAGGUAAAAGUGAAGAUCAGGGAAGAACUCAAAUCAGCUAUACCAUCAAAAGAACCCGAAAAUCGGAGGCUCUUCAACACAGAAGAGCUAAGCAAGAUGGUUUAUCUGCAUGGUGCACUGUGUGAAUCACUAAGGCUCUAUCCCCCAGUUCCUUUCCAGCACAAAGAGCCUCUUCAACCAGAUACUCUUCCAAGUGGCCACCAUGUUCAUCCAAAGAUGAAGGUGAUGUUUUCUCUGUAUGCAAUGGGGAGAAUGGCAUCAAUCUGGGGCGAUGACUGUUUAGAUUUCAAGCCUGAGAGAUGGAUCUCCGAGCGUGGAACGAUCAAACACGAACCUUCGUAUAAAUUCUUGGCGUUCAAUGCUGGACCAAGGACUUGUUUGGGGAAGGAAGUGGCUUUCACUCAGAUGAAGGUUGCUGCUGCUGCUGUAAUCCAUAACUAUGAUGUUGAAGUGGUUGAAGGGCACCUUGUGGAGCCAAAUGUUUCUAUUAUUCUUUAUAUGAAGUAUGGGUUAAAGGUUAGGGUUACUAAGAGAUGGUCCUAA